AGUGCCCUGCUGUUCAUGCGUGUUUGAGAGCGUGCCAGGCCUGGAAAGAUGGCGGCCUGUGCUCUACGCAGAGGCUUGCUUAGUACUGUCAGUAAAUACAAUAAGAAACAUACACACCGGAUAUUGAGCGUGGUUGACAGCAGCAGCGGGUUUGAAGUGUACAGACCGAGGUUACAAUGUCGAGCCUGCGGACUGCCCAGCGGUGUUCAGCAGAGGAGGUUCAUGUCGUCGCGGUAAGAGACGCAGCCAGUGUCCUCCUCCAGUAAUGCUAACAUGCUAAAGACUUUUUAGCCGAGAAACAGCUCCUCAAAAUGGCACCUGACACACUCUGGCUAUGCUGGUAGAUCCGUCAACAUAGUGCCGUUACAAUGGGAAUGAUGUGUAAACAUUUUGAGAACUUAGUUUGCUGUAAAUCAUGAAAGUACAGGUGUCCUCUGCUGCUCAUUAGCCAGCAAGGUAACAAGCUAGCGUGGAUUGAGCAACAUCCACUGAUCUGACUGAGCAUGCCUUUCAACCCAGGUUAAAAUAAAACACAGCUAGGGCAUUUAAAACCCAACGCGAAAUGUGUAAUCGAAAUGUGAUUCAUAUGAAUUUGUAGAAGUAGGCUUUUACAUAUCGGCACACCGGUAUAUCGUCAAUAACAGGCUGCACAUUUCUCCUUUUUUUCUUUAAGUUUGCAAAUAAAAGCCGUGAAAUUAUAAAUUAGCUUUUAACCAUUGGGAUUUGAAUAUUAUCCCAGUCAAACAGCCCCCAUAAUGAAUCUGUGGUUACAUAUCAUUAUUAUACAACAUGAGAUGAGAGGAAUUCCAUAAGUGCCGGUAUCGGCAUGUCGAUAUACCAAAUAAUGUCACCAGGAUUCUGGCUAUCAAUCUACCUCAGAUGGUCCACACAACACACACCAAGUGUGAAUUUAGUAAAAAAAAACGUGAAAAAUUAAUUUAUGUAAACAAACAUUGCUUUCUCACUUAAUGUGAGGACAUUAUACUUUCCGUGCCGAUGUUUGUAUAGUAUGCUUAUACUUCUCAGCUGAAGAAAAUUGGAUUAAACUUGUGCCAACUAUCAAAUUUAGAUUUUUUGGCGUCUAAUAAGCGGUGGAAAGUUUUGUUUUUCUUAAUAAUGUGGUCAAAACUGAGACUUUUUAAAAUUAACGGCACCUAUUUCUAUCAAUUAAAAUGUUAAACAGCAUCAUUAUGUAUUUUGGUUGUUUUAUGAUGACUGCAUAGAUGAAUAAAACAACAAAGAUGGACUAUUGCAACCAUAUAAUGACAGUCCAGUUUCAUUUCAAUCGUGGAACUGUUUGAGUAAGUGCAAUAGAGUUGUAAACUUAGCUGUCAAAUAGCUUUUACCGUUAUAUGCUGCUCAUUAAAUUGUUGUGUAGAAGUAAUAUCAAAUGAAGGUUGUGAUGCUGUUCUGAAAAAUAACCAGAAUUCGAGUGUGCUUCAAAAAAUGGAAAUGAAAAGUGAAACUGUUUUUUUUUUUUUCCUCAGGCCUCCUUAUCAUCAGAAAAUUGCUCGAAAUAUCUUUUUUAACUUCUGGAUUCCCCCUUAUGUAACUGAUGGAAAACACUGAACUUAUUUAUAAUUCUGUAACUUUAUGGGAUGCACUGCUACUGCAUAUGACUGAGUCCAUAUUUGGGGAACUUGUUUUUUUAGAGCAUUUUGUGCUCAUCUUGAUGUGUAUUUCUGGCUUGUCCUUUGGGUUGUGUGAGUUUGACAUGAUAUAUUAACAUCAGGAACAAUAUAUCUACCCAAACUCAAACUUGUCUAAAACAGCUUCAAAUGUUUUGCAUGAAAACCCACAUUGCAACAAACCCUAAUUUAGUAGUUUACAGAAUUUCAUAGUUCUUACGAAUGUACAGCAUUGGUUUUCUGUAUCAUGACGCAGUAGAUUCUCCCAAAGAGCUAUAUUUUGUGUCAUUUUAGUGAUUAUCUUCAUCUUUUAUAAAAUUGCUAUGGCACGAUUUCUUUGGGAUUUGGCUUACACAAUCAAAACUUGUGAGUUUUAUUUUCCCAUCUGUUUUCUUAUCCUUUCUAUCUGUUGGCAUAUGAAUCAAAGAAGCCUUUCAGUGACUCACCAUACUGCUUCACCGUCUCUCUCUGUGGACUUAGUUGGCACAUGGUUAAGCAGCAUCUCCUCAAAUUAAAAGCUUCUCCAUCUGCACAUUCAGACUGGAUGAGUUAAACAUGAGGCUGCAUUUUAGAGGUCAAUUAAAAUAUUUGUCAUAGUUAUGCUGAUAGAAAGAUAACGUCUGCAAAGCUGAAACUAUUAUCUCAGGAUUCUUUGCCUCUAUUCAGAGACGGUUCAUGCAGAUUUGCUGACCCCUUUACGUGUCCUCAGAUGGUGCCAUUAGGUAGAGUGUCAGGCUUAAGCUUUUCAGCAUUACCUUGUCAACGUUAAUUACACACCUGUUGACUUCCAGUAACCUUUAUGUGAUAUGUUCAAGAAAAAGCUGGAUUUUUACUAGAGAGCAAAAAUGUUUGUUUAUGAGUUGGUUAUUGGUGUCAGCCCCCUAGUUUUUUUUUUUUUUACGACAGUUGGUUGCUUUGUUUGGGGUAUUUAUUUCUACUGAGCAAAAUAUUUGAUCAGCUAGUCUGAAUUGAUGAAAAUGUCUUCAGUGUUUUCACUCUUAACAGUAAAGUAUUUAUGAGGUUUGAUUAAUCAGACAAGACCAGUCAGUGAAUCUGUAAUCACAGGGACAGUAAGACUCUGUAGUCAGGGACUGGGGAGCAUGUUACUCCUGCAUUUCUUGUGGAGCUCAUUACUUACAGCAGUUGUUUGCUGUAACUGACCAAUACAACACAGUGUAUGUAAAGACUGUGGGUUUCACCACAACCCCCCCUGUGUGUGGUUUCUGGGGCAGCUUAGAGCUGUGCCUGACAUAGACAGAGCAAACUCUGAGUCUAAAUCCAAGGGAAGAUUAUCUGGGUUUGAUUGUUAUAUGGAAUCAUUUAAAGGGAUAUUUCAGCAUUUUUAAAGUGGCAUUGUAAGUUACAUCAACUUCAUGUUAACUAGUUGGUUGAAUAAGAAGCUGCAGAGAGACAUUAGGCCAGCAAAGCUAUCAGUUCACUGCAGACUGGAUCAACUCUGCUACUUAAUUCAGUUGAUUUUGAGAAACUCACAUCUAUAAUAGUACACACUCUUUCUAGUGACAUGUACGUACCUCAUACAACCCCACCUCUGGUGUUUUUAAGCUCAAAAUUAAAAGUAAAUUUGUCACUAAACAAUAGUCCUCUGAAUUUUUAGCUGUGAUUUAUUAAUUGAAGGGUACAGUAAAGCUUUUUGUCGCUGAUUAUGAAGCUGACAAAUAUUAUCACACUGACUCUGUUACUUGAACUCUAGGAUGACUAAAUAGACUUUGUUGAAACUGGUGUUUAGUCCUCCAACCUUGUAAAAAUAACUCAGACCUCUGUAUCAUGAAACCCACCUCCCACACCAUGACCAAGCAGUCCAUUUUGCUUCGUUUAGUGAGUCUUGUCAUGUGUUCAUAGCUCACAGACUUAGUGCUAAUAAUAGCAACACAGGGGCAGUCAUGUUGACUCUGCACAUAGCUGAUGAGUAUUGAUUUUCUUCUGCUAAGACGUUCUGAUUUUAGAGAUUUUCUUUACUUCCGUAUUGUCCUGCAUGUUGUAGCUCUGUGUCAGUUUAAGAGUUAACAUUCAGACUUCACAGCAGCAGUCGUGGCUCAUGGUUGUAGGAAAGGUCUUUAGCUGUUAGCUUAUGUAAAUAAAAAUGAGGAGAUUUUCUUUCAAUUUCAGAUAACCGGACACUGUGAUGAGUGAUAUUUUUCAGUUUACAUUUAUUUCUCUAAUAGUCAGGAACUUUAUUCAUCAUUUGCUGGUAUUAUUGAAUUGCCGUGUUUAUGUCAAAAUAAAACAUAGUGUGAUAUUGGCAUUAUAAUCCGGGCCAUCAGCUGACAUGCUCUCUCAUAAUCAGUAUCAGCCACUGUAGAACGGUUAUUGGUUGACCACUUAAGUAAAGGUGCUUCCUCCACACUGUGAAGUUAGAAGAGUAAAAAAACAGCUAAAAAAAAAAACAGCAAUGAAAAAUGUUUGCUGUAUUUGCUGAAAGAUUUAAUAUAGUCAGAUAUGUGCCUCUUUCUGAGCAGGUAUGGAGAGUUAACUCAUGACGAGGGAUUGGGAUCAUUAAUUUUUAUCGAUACUGAUACCAUUAUCAAGACUCCUUAAUGAUUCACCAAUGUUUUUGAGUCUUUUUUAUUAUUUUCCUUCAAACUUUUGUAUUAUUCCCCCAAAACUAUUUUUUCCCCUUUUUUCUGGAUGUUACAUUUGAACACAUCAUGAUUGUUUUAUUAACUUUCACCCGAUUCUAAUUUUACCAACCCAAACCCUGAACACCUCACAGUGUAAUCUUCUAUCAAACAGAUAACACCACCUCCUGUUUAAAGACAUAUCAUGGUCAAUGUUUCAUCUCUCAGAUUUUAAAUCAUCUGUUAUGUGCUCAGGUUUUCAUCUGUCUCACAAGAACCCUUACUGUUAGUUUAAUUACCAGCUAAAAAAACUCCAGAUGGGAGCUUUAACCAACCAGAAGCAAAGGCACAGAUAGAAAUCAGGUCAGAUUCAGACUGGAACAGAGCAGCAAAGUCUGCUUGUGAAAUAAUUCAACUGUAAAGGAAGAGAAGGCAGGUGUCCAGGUGGGUUGGUGCCCCCUCACUGGUUGAAAUAGCAGCAGAGAUUUACCACCAGCUUCUCUCUCUCUCUCUCACUCUCUCUCUCUCUCUCUCUCUCUCUCCUUAGUUUAUAUAACUCUUUCAUUGUGUAAUCGAGUCGUCUGUCCUGCUACAGCGAAUUUCUCGCACCAUGAAGCCAGCUCUGUGUUCCUGCCUCCACUCCUCCAGUGCAGAAGGAAAAAGCUGAGUCCUGGCUUUAUUCACAGGGGGUCAUUGACCAGGAGUCGACUCUGGCUGGUUGCAGGGUUUGCCGUGGGUUGGCUAUAUUUAGAUCCGAUUAUCUUUGGCCUUACAGUUUACUGACAUUUCUCAGAUUGUUGCAGAGGUAGAAAAAAACAGCACAAAGCUGGGGAGGCAAAUGUGUUUUAGAGCUGCUGAGGCUUGUGAUCAGUGUAGAAGGAAAUUUCAAUACAUUCCUGGAUUUUUAGAGAUCUGUAUCUUUGCUAUUAUUAUCACAGAGACCACACAGUAGGAGUAAAGUUAGUCUCUAAUAGAGGUUGGGCUCAAAACCAGUCUGCAUUACACCCAAGGGGCUUUCUUCAUGUCUCCUCUUGAACAGCACUGAGCUUUAACUUGUAGUCUAUCCUACUGUCACUAUGAGGACUUGGUGUUCCUCUUUUCAUGAAUCAAAACUUGAUAAUGACCAAAAAAACCACACCCCUUAUUCCAGACUAAACUUGAAGCCAGUACAAAGUACAGGUCCAAGUACAACAAGUCCAAGUCUGUAGUCACUCUACCCAGCGUAAGCUUUCAGUCGAGGCCUGGGUGAUACAGAGUGAGGGAGUGUACAUAAGGGCUAUGCAUUAACCUCGCCUGCCGUUACAAAGAUGUUUUACCUCAGGGCAGAACACAGCGUUACAGUAGAUACGAUACUGCGUUCAGGAAAUCCAACACUGUUCUUUUCAGAGGAAAUAAUGCAUUAAUUCACCGGUACAAACUCUCAGCACUGAAACCACUAAACCAGUUUACUUCAGCCUGAUAGGGUCUUUUCAUCCUGUUAAUAAUAAGAGACAUCUUGGUACACAUUUUUAUAAUAACAUCAUAAAAGUAAAAAGACCCUUUUUCCCCCUCUGAUAAUCCUCCUAAAGCCCUUCACCCAUGCAGUGAUUUCCACUACAGAGCCAAGAAUGCAGUUUACCUAAGGGCCCGAAGGUCACACUUUCGCCAUCUUUAUGUUAUAUUAGGGAUGGGCAAUAUGGACAAAAAAUUUAUCACACUAAAAGUCCAGAUAAAAAAUAUUAUAAUUCCAAUUAGGCAUGUCCCGAUAUAAAAAAUUAGAUAUCAUGAUAUUGGUGGCCCAAAAUAUCACGAUUCAUGAUAUUAUCACGAUAUUAGCGUAUUGCUUUUAACAUUAUUCAAAAUUGUUAAUCAUGAGAUGGCUAUUAUUUUAAUGGAGGAUUUUUCUGACGAUAUAUCAUGAACGAUAAUUUAUCACCCAUCCCUGAUUGAUAUUACCUGCUGUUGAAGAUAGUAUUAUAUUUUUGUCCUGAGGAAUAUUCUUGAGAAACCGCUGAACUCUUUACUCAUGCGGUCCCUCACAGAGUGUUGAAAUUUCCCCAUCUUUCCCUCUGAGAGACUCUUUCUAACUGGAAUACCUUCAUUACACCCAAUCAUGCCACUAACCUGUUGCAAACCAUGUUUAUCAGUUGUGAGAUGUUACACUACGUUUUUUUAUUUGUCCUUGUUCCAACUUUUUUGCGAGAUGCUGCCAGCACUGGAUUCAAAAUUUGUGUUUAUUUUGAAUGAAUAUAUUUUCAUUUUUCAAUAUAAUGAAAGCUCACAAAUGACUUGCAGACCAUCAAAGUCUGUUGUUAUGAAUAUUUUCACAGCUACUUAACUACUUUUGAGAUGAAAUGUAUCGGUAAAUGAAACUCAGGAACAGGUUGUAUUUGUUGACUGUUCAGUUGGAGGCCUGUUUUGUCAAAGAACAUAGAAGUGGUUCACUUUUCCUGUUCAGGGCAGCUGUAAUUGUUGCACCAUGUUCCUCACAGUAAAAUGAGGCUACUGUAUGAUUAUUCUUCAGCAGCGGUACUAUGAACAUUAUAAGAAAAUAACCUGAACCAACCUCCUGUGUGAUAUUAAAUCUCCCCCUCUGUACAUACACCUCCAUUAAUCCCUGCUCUUCAUCCCUGUUGUGAAGAUUAGCUUUGCAGGGAGCGCAGAAGUAUGCGUGUUAUUUAUUUGAAGUGACCAGCUGUUGUUGUCAGUGCUAAUAUGUACUGUAACUCUGUGUGUGUGUGUGUGUGUGUGUGUGUGUGUGUGUGUGUGUGUGUGUGUGUGUGUGUGUGUGUGUGUGUGUGUGUGUGUGUGUGUGUGUGUGUGUGUGUGUGUGUGUGUGUGUGUGUGUGUGUGUGUGUGUGUGUGUGUGUGUGGUGCCAGGACAUGGAGAUUAGGUUGAAUAAUGUUCCUAUCUGUCGACAGCUGACAAGUCGAGGUGUUUUAUUCAAUCUGAUCAAAGUUGUGAUUGAGAUUAGGUGGCAGGAUUUUCUCCCCAAUAGGGAUGAAUGUAAAUCGUCUUUGAAGGAGGAAAAACCCUGAAGCCUUUUCUUCUUUUUACAGCUGUGGGAUUUCCUGCCGAGGCUCCUCUCAUAAGCUGUGUGUGUUUGAACAUACAUGAUGUUGUUUUGGUCUCGGGUGACAUAUUUUCUUCAUAGACCUGCGCGAUUGUUACAGAUCAGAUGUUUUGUAUUUAAUAGCUUAUGAUGGUUUUACAGAGUCUCAAAAAUGCUUGUAUUUGCCCACUUGUAAGAUUAAUUUUGUUGAAUUCUUUGAUGUGUCUUCAUGCAAGGACAAGUGUGAACAGAUGAAAACUGGAGCCGCACACGACAAUUAUAGUCCAAGCCAAUAGGCCUUUAAAUCACUGACAGAAAAAAACAACAACAGCUCAAACACAAGAUAGAAACUCUCGCAGAAGAAAACGGCUCAAAGUGAGAAGUGCAAGUUCAGAAAUGACGCAGGCUUUGCCUUGUGAAAAAAUGGUUUCAGAUUGAGUUAAAAAUAAACUCGGUCAGGAUCCAGUUUAAGGUCAGCUGGGAAAAUAAUUUGCGUCUGAAUCUCUGUGAAGAAAACAAACAAUAAAUCAGUCUGCUGGCUGCUGGGUGUUGAUUCCUGAAGGGGUAGCUCACAGUCUGCAUUAGAUUCAGGUUAUGAUUUAGUUUAAGUCGAAGAAUUAAAACUAGCGUGUGAUUUCAUACUUCUGUAAAAAGAAUCAUUGUAAUAUUUCAAUCCAACCUCACUUCUGAUUAUAAGAAGAUCUCAAACACAUUCUCCUGAAAGAGUUAAUAACAGUAUUGAAAUGAAGUUGGUUACAGUGCCCGCUGCUAUUCUGUGCCUAUAUUUAAAAGUGCAUAUUUCUGUUUUGUUCUUAUCAUGUUUAGAGAACAAAAAGAACUUAAGAACUGCACAGAAACACACACACUCAGGGCGCAUUGUGUAAUUGUGUUGCCUGUUUUUGGCAGGAACAGGCCCGAAGGGAAGAUUUUGGAGACAGUGGGGGUUUUUGAAGCUGUGAAGCAACACGGAAAAUAUGAAACGGGACAGGUAAGAUUCCCACUUACACACACCUUAAGUUACCGACUCAGCUGCCCCCAUGACCAGCAUGAUGUAAUAAGAGGGUUAAACGUGACAUGAUUGAGCUUUGGAGGAAAUGUUUGAACUAGAACACAGUUCAGUCUGAUGAUUAUUAAUGAGGCAGUGAUGGAUGGUCUGUUAUGUCAUUUUUAGUUUAUUUACACUAUUGCAAAAAGCUGAAUGUCUGACUGAGUGUAGCUUUGAAACACUAGUGCAAGAGUUAGGAUAAACAUUCAAGUUGUUGGUGAACAUCCUUUCAUUGUGUUGAGUCUCAGUGUUAUUCAUCAUUCGUGCAUCCGUCACUUUGUGUUGUUUUGAUUGAACAUUUGCGUGAUCCAGUCCAGUGUCUGUAAUCUCAUUUUGGUGCUGCUUUUCUAAACAUAAACAGUUUUAAUCUGACCCUCAGUGUGGUGCUCUCCUCAGCUCUUUCUCCACAGUGUGUUCGGCUACAGAGGCAUCGUUUUGUUCCCCUGGCAUGCCCGACUCUACGACAGAGACAUCACCCCUCCUAUGUCCGACAGGUAAACGUGCACACCUAUCUUAAGACUGUCCAGCUUCUCGUCGUGUGUGGGUGAGACUUUCACCAACGUCUUACUUUCUGUCCUUUAGCAAACCAGAGCCACCCGGAGCUCACGGCUCCAAGGAGGUGAAGGGAAAGACCCACACUUACUACCAAGUCCUGAUUGACACCAGGGACUGCCCCCACAUAGUAAGAAUCUGUCUCUCCUGCAGGACCAACACUCAUUACCCUGACUUCCACUUACAGCUUUAUUAAACAUCAGAGCCCUUUAGAAGGAUUUACAAUCAGAAGAUGUUUGUAGUAGAAAUCUGAAUUGGUCUCUCAGUUAUUCCUCUCUAACCUGCGAUUUUUUUUCUUACUUUUGUGAUUAGAGACGAUCCCUCAGUAACAAUGUGCUGCUGGAGUGUUGACUAAUCAGAAUUAAGUAUUUAACACUGCUGUGUAAUUAAACCAUGUCAGUGUGAAAACAAACUAACAUCCAGUUGUUUGUGUUUGACAGUCUCAGAGGUCUCAGACAGAAGCAGUGACGUUUCUGGCCAACCAUGAUGACAGCAGAGCUCUGUACGCCAUCCCAGGUAAGCUGCCACACAUACUUGACUGAUACACCCCUCACAAUGUUUACAUGGGCACCAAAUUCUUGUAUUUAAUGAUCUGAGUGUGAAACACCGUAUUAGAAUUGUUUGAAUAUGUGGAUUAACAUGUGAACAGCACUAUUGGUGAAAUUCCACACUCAUACAAACACCUUAUUUAGGAUUAUCUUAUGGUGAGCUGGUGACUAAUUUCUGUGAAAGUGGAUUUUAUACAGAGCAGAUGUUUGUCUUCAGCAGCUCCUCUAAAGUUAGCUGAGGUGAAGUGUUGUGUAAGCUGUCAAGUAGUGAUGGAGGGUGAGCUUUGGCUGGUUUCAGAGGUUUUGUCCCUGUAUGACCGUGUGUCUGUGUUUUUCCUUCAGGUCUGGACUAUGUGAGCCAUGAAGACAUCCUGCCCUACAACUCAACAGAGCAGGCCCCCAUCCAGCACGAGCUGUUUGAGCGCUUCCUCAUGUACAACCCUGCUAAAAGUAAAUAAUCCUCCACAGCAUCACCGUGAUAUUCAGACGGUCUAGUUUACUUCAAGAUUCACCUCAUUGUAUUUGGUAAAUCGGUGUCUGUUUUAUCUGCCUGUGUAGCUCCUCCAUUCACAGCCAGAGACACCCUGAAGGCAUGGCAGGAGAAGAACCACCCCUGGCUGGAGCUGUCCGACGUCCACAGGGAAACCACGGAGAACAUCCGUGUCACUGUCAUCCCCUUCUACAUGGGCAUGAGGGUAAAUCAGCAGCCGCCUUUGUUUUUCACAAGUUUCUUCAAGCAUCUUUAGAUCUGACAGUCUUAAACUCUUCCUCUGGCUUUUUUUGGUCCUGAAGUUAUUUUAAAGACUGACAGAAGUUGUUUCUCCCACACAGGAGGCUCAGAACUCUCAUGUUUAUUGGGUGAGUAGAAAUGUUCUGACUUUCUUGUUGCUUUAAGAAGUGCACUGGUUUAUUUCAUGUGACUGUGUACAGCUUCAGUACCAGUUAGCUGGCUCUUAUAACUUGUUUGAGUGUUGUUUUUCCACAGUGGAGGUACUGCAUCCGUCUGGAAAACAUGGGGAACGAGGUGGUGCAGCUCAGAGAGAGGCACUGGAGGAUCUUCAGCCUGUCAGGAACUCUGGAGACGGUCAGAGGACGAGGAGUCGUAGGCCGGGUCAGUACAGCAGUCAAGGCCACGACUGUCCUAAAUGAGGUGGUCGCAACACUAGAACUGCAGUAGCAAAAGUGAAACACAGAUCCCUCUGUCAUACCAUACAACAACCAGAAGAGGGUCGUUUUCUUUCAUUUCUGUUGAAUAAAAUAUUAAAUAGAUGAAUCGAUAUUUGCUCUGAUGACCUUGUUAGAUUUUGUAGCUCAUGAAAGGCAUCAGUACUUAAUGAAAUAAAUUACAAACCUCACGGAGGAGCUUUCAAGCCCACCUCGCAGUCUUAGUAAUGACUCUAGAGCAGCUGCGAUCACAUCAAUAAAUGCAAUGCAGCCAUAACUAACAGCCAUAUUACUGUUUAUAGGUGCGUAAACUGUGUUGUGUGUUCAUGUUGUUCUUGUUGUUGUACUUUGUGACAGGAGCCGGUGUUAUCCAAAGAGCAGCCAGCCUUUCAGUACAGCAGCCACGUGUCUCUACAAGCUCCCAGUGGUCACAUGUGGUGAGUCUUUGCUUUAGUUUCUAUCACAGAGAACCGGACACACUGGGAUUACAAAUAGUUACUGGCGACAUUUCUUCGUAGAUCUCUUUUAAUUUCUAUGGUUUAGUGAAACAACUCACAGUAUCUCUGUUUUACUCUGUGUUUUUUAGGGGAACGUUUCGGAUCGAGAGGACUGACGGCUCCCACUUUGACGUUCGCAUUCCCCCAUUCUCCCUGGAGAGCAACAAAGACGACAAAGCGCCCCCUGCUGGCUACACAUUCUAACUGUCUGUAGUCGCCUCCGACCUGCAAGUAUCCGGACACAUUUUGAGUCCUGGUCCUGUCCGGAUCCUCUAGUGUCAUCCUCUCUUUGUAACAUUGCCCCAGCGUUCAGCUUCAGACUAGUAUCAGACAGGUUGUGCAGAGGCAAUAUAGAAUAAUUUCCACAUCACCUCCUUUCAGGCGCGCCUUGCCCAGGACAGCAGUAGCUCAUUGAUUCAGUCACACGGGGUAUAAAUCGAUCGUCAGUUUGCUCUUGCUCCUGCAAUCAGUCAGUCUUCACGUUAUGUCCGGUUUGAAAAGACACACUCAGUGAAGUGGAAGAACAUCGGGAGGCGGGGAGGAGGUCAAAGUUGCCAAAUGGGACUGGACAAGUUGUUUAUCCAGUAGUUGAAAUGUUGAGCAGGAUGUUCCUUCUGUAGAGCUCAGAGUUCAUGAAAAGAGCAUCAACUCCAGUUGCUCUGAAGCCAUCGCUUAGACUUUGUGUUAUAAACUCCUCUUCUCUUCCUCUUGUGGUUCUCCUCUGAGUCUCUGAAACAGGACUUCAGUCCUGGACUCCCUUCUGUCAUGUUUUGUCUUUAAUUCUUAUUCUACACCACAACAGUUUAAUAAUCAGAGACUCUGAGGGAUUCAUAUUGAACAGUUUUACAACAUUGAAGCACAGUGACAUGGAUGGAUCUGUUUCUCUGAGAUCAAAUGGUAUCUCUACCUAAAAUGGUCAGUGAAAAAGCACUGAUUUAUUACCGACCAGUCUCCACAGGCAUUAGUCACAGUAGCAGUGUGUCAUCAGGGGACGUGUCAGUAUUAGGAAAGCUUGAACCCCGAUGCACCGAGAAAAAAAGGUGCUGUGCCCUGUUUCAGACACGGUAACUGUUUUGAAGAAAGUGAACUUUUAUUUUUAAUACCUGGACUGUUAUUUUGAGUAAAGGGAAAAAUCUGUGAGGUAAAACCCCUUGUUUUGGACACAACCUGACUGGGUGAGGAUUUCAAGACUCCUUUAGUCUGAGCCCAGCCUUAGCCAGGCUUGUCUUAAAGCUCCUGUGAGGGACUUUUAGGUUGUCAGUUUUGGCCCCGCUCGUGGACACAGUGGUACCUUUUAUUUCGCUUUUGAAUCGCUUUUGUGUUUAUUUCAGCAUUUAUCAGUAUGUCACUUUGAAUCUUGGACUUGAGACUUUUUCUAAGAUGAACCUUCCCUGCAGCAGGGGUGACAUGCAUAAAAAAAUAACCAUAAAGACAUCAUCAGUCUUUCAUCUUGUUGUUUCUUUUGUGUCUGUAGGUCAUAUAGAGAUAUCAGUUUCAGAACCUGCUAAAAAUCCUCUCUGGAGCUUCAACCAUGUUGUUCCAGUUGACUCCAUUUUUGUAGGGAUCUUUAGCUUUUGGACCGUAAAACUAGUUCUCCCUUUUGAGUCCUUCUAAAAAUAUGUUCAGAUAGAUCCACUGCACUUCAAUGUUGUGAACGAUUAAACUGAAAAAGGGUAAAGCUUUUAUGUGUUUUUAACUGUGGUAACAGCCAAAAAUAAAAGAUAAACAACCUUCCUUUGCUGAUGAAGUGGUAGGGAGCGGAUAGUUAUCAUCCUGACACAAUGAAAGCAGCACACCAUAAAGUAAUUAAACAAAGCUCUGUGUGGCUCACAGGAGAGAGAGGAGUGUGUGAGUAUGUUUGUGGGAGUGUGUGUGUGUGUGUGUGUGUGACGUGUGUGAUCAUGUCUACCUUAUUCUCUGCCGCCUGCUGUACAGAAUGAAGUCCUCAUGUCCACACAAACAUAGCCGGUGUCUUUUCUUCAGGCUCACUGCUAGGCUUCUCAAAGUUCUGUGAUGUUUUGAGCCGGAAAACUUUCUUCUGUCACACAAGAAAGAAAACUAACAUCCUGUUUUGAUGAGUGAUUUGAAGCGACUACAAUGGUUGAAAUACUACUGUAAAUAGAGAUGUAAUUAAAGGCAAAACUAAUAAAUAUUCCUUUUGAAAAAUUAAUGU